GAAUUACAUUGGAUGCAGCUUGAUCUGUUUAAGGCAUUACUGUGACAGCACUGCUGCUGGAGGCUAACUACAGACUGAAAUAAGAAAAUAGAAAUAAAGAAGAACCACUUCUGAUGUGAGAGGCUUUCCACUAUAAAGAUAACCAUGCGAUCUUUGGCCGUGCUGUUUGUUGUGCAGGAUGGUGACUGCCAAGGUGUGGGUUCUGAAGAAGCAUUUUGAGGGUUUCCCCAAAACCAGCGACUUUGACCUGAAAAAGAUAGAGCUGCCAAACCUAAAGGAUGGAGAGUUGCUGCUUGAAUCAGUGUUUCUCAGUGUUGAUCCUUAUAUGAGACCUUACAGUCGAAUGGACAUGAAGGAAGGGGACAUAAUGAUAGGCACACAGGUUGCCAGGAUUGUAGAAAGCAAGAAUCCUGCUUUCACAGUGGGGGCCUUUGUCGUGGCUAGAAGUGGCUGGAGAACUCAUUUCAUCUCUGAUGGGAAAGAUCUACAACUCCUUCCUUCCAGUUGGCCAGAAUCACUCCCCAAAUCUCUGGCUCUUGGGACGGUUGGCAUGCCAGGCCUCACUGCCUAUUUUGGUCUGCUGGAGGUCUGCAAGAUGAAGCCAGGAGAGACGGUGCUGGUUAAUGCUGCAGCUGGAGCUGUGGGCUCUGUAGUGGGGCAGCUCGCUAAAAUUGGGGGUUGCAAAGUGGUUGGCUGUGCUGGCUCAGAUGACAAGGUUGCCUAUCUGAAAAAAAUAGGCUUUGAUGAAGCCUUUAAUUACAAGACUGUUACAUCUUUGGAUGAAGCACUGCGUAAAGCCUCUCCUGAUGGCUACGACUGUUUCUUUGACAAUGUGGGUGGAGAAUUUGCCAGUAUUGCUAUCAACCAGAUGAAGAAAUAUGGAAGGAUUGCAGUCUGUGGAGCCAUCUCUCAGUACAAUGACUCCGUGCCUCAGAAAGGACCUUAUGUGCAGGUUCCAAUGAUCUUCAAAGAGCUUCGAAUGGAAGGGUUUAUUGUGACCCGCUGGAAUAACCGCCGGGAGGAAGGUCUGAAGGCACUGCUAAAAUGGGUCCUGGAGGGAAAAGUGAAGUGCCAUGAACAAGUGACUGAAGGAUUUGAGAACAUGCCAAUGGCUUUCAUUGGAAUGUUAAAGGGAGAAAAUCUUGGAAAAGCCAUUGUAAAAGUCUGAAGGUCACAUAUCCUGGGAGACUGGCACAAGAGAAUGAUUCUGUUAAAGUGCUUUUAACUCACUGAUCGGAAGGCAUGUUUCAGUCUUUUUGCUGGAUGUUUGGUGAUGAUAACUUCUGUUAAUAAUUGGGGUAGUAUGUGUAAGUAUAUGCCAAUGGCUUUGCUCUUGAAGAGCUUGAGAGUUGCUUCCCAAAGCUACACAAAAAAUAAAAGCCUUAAAACUGCUACACCUCAUCAGAAUUGUAACAGAUUUAAUAGUAGCUUGAAGCUGUCUGUGAAUUGGCUUGUAGAAAG